CUUCCGGCGGGAACCGGAAGUGGGCUCGAGCUUCUCUGGGGGAGCUAGCGGUUUUGGCGCAUUCCGUGCCGGAGAGGGAGACCAGCUUGCACCGGCGACCUUUUCCUUCUCCUCUUCCUCUUCUUUUCAUUUUCUUUUCUCCUCCUCCUCUUUCUCCUCCUAACCGGAGCUGCCUCCCCCCCCACUCUAUUCCCCCCCUCCUCGGCUUAGCUUGUUCUUCUCCCCGCCUUCCUUCCCUCCCUCUCCGGGCUCGGGAGCCGCCCCCUCCGCCUCCCAGCUGGAUUUCAGAGGUGAGCCGAGCUCGGGGGGGCCUCUAGCCCGCGCCUCUCUCCCUUCGCCUCCCCCCCCCCACGCCACCUUCCUAUCCCUGAGGAGGAAACGUCCCCUCAGCCCCCGGGGGGAGGGGAAGCCAAGGAAUCCCAUCUGCUUCUCCAGCACAGGGAACUGGAGCGUGUGUGUGUGUGUUUGGGGGAGGGGGACAAGAUCUAUAUUAAGGUUGGGGUGAAGUGGCAAUAGGUGCACUAUGUCUCGUGUGUGAGAGAGAAGGUUAGGAGAACUGCUGAGGGAUAUCCCGCAACGUGGGGGGUGGGGUGGGGAGUUGAUGGACCCCAUGAAAACAGCAUGCUUCUUUGUGUUUCCGUUACGCGUUUGUGCUCAUUUUCAACCUUUUUUGUUUUUCAGUUUUGUGUGUACGUGCGUGUGCCUGGGCAGAAAUUAAGUUUGAUAAAAUAGACAGGUUUACAGGAAUGGGUUAUGUGGGUAUUUGAAGAAAGAGGCGCUGGGGGGGGGGCAAGGGGGCUGCAUUUUGCUUUAUUUUACUUAAAAAUAGCAGCAGCAGCUGUACUGCUUUGUUGUUACCGUAACUGGAAACACGUUAUGCUGUAAACAGUUCAGAGCAUCAGACAUUACAGAGCAUCCAGUCAAGCUAACAUCAGGUUAAGAAGUUCGGAGCAGCCAGAACCAAGGACAUCUGGGGCUGGUACUAAUGGUCAGGCAGGAAAGCAAAGGAUAAAUAAAUGAGUAUUUACAGUACUCAUUCAAAAGGGAGAACAUUUCACACAUUUGUUUAUACUGUAUAUAUAUAUAUAUAGAGAGAGAGAGAGAGAGAAAGGUGACAUUAGCUGUCUUAAGUUAAGUGGCGUUUUUUUCUGAAUAGCCUGAAAGUGAAUCCUGCUGUUAGAAUGCUGAGGUGUUCACCAGUACCCUUGCUCCAAGGUGUAUGUUUCUUGAACAAAUGAGGUAAUCAGGGCAAUUAGUGUGUGGAAGGCGGCCAAUUUGAUCCAGAGAGCCUGUAGUGUAUCAGUGAACUUCACAUCCCCAAACACAUUCCCUGUAAUAAAAUAACAGCUCUUUUUCUGUAGUUUUGGAAAUAGUUUAGGUUGCAUUCUGUACAGGGCUUGCACUGUGAAUUGAAAGUGUUGCAUCUGUUGUAACUCUGUAUUCCUGGUAUUAAUGGAAAUAAGCAUUCAUAUAGCACAUCUAUGUAUUUCCAACAGUAGUAAUCACUUGCAUAUCAUUUUUAAGUACUGUAUUCAGACCACUUCAAAUAAAUUCUCAGUAAUCUUUAUGUUGUCCAAUUAAGGUAAAUUAAUAUUAUUCACUUAUUAUGCAGUGGGAGCUCAAACAGAGUGGUUACUUGAGGCAACCUAGUUUGGUUAGACUUUUUCUGUAACAGAGAUGUGGUUAAUAAUUUCAUGGCAGAGAAGCCUUCACUUGCAUUUGUUUUCCUUGAACUAGUCAUGAUUAAUGCUGUUUGCCUGAACCAAAACAAAAGAGAGCCUCUCUGAUAAACCUGCAGGCUAUAUAUAAAUGUUGUUAGGACGCAUCUGCUUUAGAUUUAGAAAUGAGAUCUUAAGGAAAAAUAGCUGGUUUCUUGGUGUCUCUUGCUGAAAUGUAUAGACUGGAGAUAAGUAUUGUCUGUGAUAACCAAACUAAAGAAAACAUUUAAUAUAACACACAACCUAUGGAAUGUCACAUCCUUUGGAAUUUAUUUUCUUAAGGUUUCAUGAAGGCCACAACCUCCCCAUGGCUGAAACAAAUGGAUAAAUUGAUGCAGGAUCAAUCUGUUAGUUGCUACUACUCAGAACACAACCAUCGUGUUGAAAGAUGGUAUGUUCCAGAUCUUAGGUCCAAGAAGAAGUAACAUUGAGAGUAUUAAAGCAACAUACCCAUGUGGGUGUUUCCCAUGACAUAAUGUUUAAACUUGAUCACUUGUUCCUAUACAUAGAAAAUUAGCAUGCCUUUCAUCUGCAUCACAGAUUCUUAAGGUACUAAUGCUACAUGCAGAAAUAAGCAACCCACUUUAAAAGUGAUGCAGGCAGUAGGUUGUCAGAUUGUGAGGACUAAUGAGACAUAGGUACAGUAUUGCCAUUCUGCUGUUCAUAUAAAUCACCCUGUAGCCUCUGGCUACCCAUUUUAAAAUAAUGCUGAUCUUGAUGGACUGUUGAUAGAAUCUCACACUGAAAUUCAGUUUCUAAUGAAGUAGCAAGAAAUUUUGAAUGCCCAGGUUACUGUGCCGCUGGAAUGUUUCCAGGUUAUGUUUCUGUGUACAGUGGUGAUUGUUUAUUUGGGCAUUUAUACCCUCAUUUUCUGUAAUAAAAUCAAAUGUGACAUGGCUUCCAAAUAAAAAUAUAGAUCACAACAAAAUUAAAAAUACUGUAGCAUUAAAAAAGAUCACAUAUUCACAUAGAAAUUUGGGAGAGGCAUUCCAACUCAAUGGGUAAAGCACAUUCAUUGUCUGCAGAAGUUCCCAUCAUGUCCAGGUAGGACUGAAGAUUCCUUUCUGAAUCACUGGAGACUUCCUGCAGAUUUUGGCAAUACUGUACUGAGAGAGAUGAGUGGUUGGUUGGUCUUGUUACCAGGCAGUUUCCCAUGUUGCUAUUAAUUCUCAAGCUUUGAUUAUGGAAGAAAUAACUAUUUCCGAUAUCCCUUGAUGUAUAAUCCUCCCACAUUUGCAUUAAAGUGGUAAAAUAAUAAUUUUCAAAACCCUUUAGUCCAGGCACCCCCAAACUGCGGCCCUCCAGAUGUUUUGCCUACAACUCCCAUGAUCCCUAGCUAACAGGACCAGUGUUCGGGGAAGAUGGGAAGUGUAGCCCAAAACAUCUGGAGGGCCGAAGUUUGGGGAUGCCUGCUUUAGUCACUGGUUAGUUGAAUUCUAAUUUUCUUUACCUUAUGCUAUUAGUCAGCAAGGAGAAAAAGGGGAAGGUGGAAAAUAAUACUGCCUUGAAAGUAUUUAAAAGAAUCGAACAGGCAGAAUUUAUUUUUAAAAGUAGUGCAGCAGAGGAUAUCUUGGGCAGUGCAUGUAUGACAUGAACAAUCUCAUUCCUGACUGGAUGGCUAAGAUAAGAUUGUAUUACUGAGCAUGUGAUUUAAAAGCUCAGAUAGUUUCAGCAUUACUGUACUAGGUUAGAAUGGCAAGUUGUGGCACAUCCCCCAGGUUGCAAAAAUGACAGCAGGGUUGCUAGAUUUGACAAUUUUGUUCAGUUUCAUUAUUUUAUUUAUUUUAUAAAAUUUAUACAUGGCUUGAAUGGAAAAAUCUUCACAAGCAUUCUUGCUCAUUUUUUAAUUAGCAACAUGUACUUUAUGUUAUUGCAUAAUCUAAAGAGGAUGAAUUUUAGUACUCAACAUAUAUGCUAUAUAAUGUGACCAUGGUUAAUUUGUUGGUACUGUUUGAAUAGCCACCAAAUUCCCAUAAUGAUGAAUUUAAAAAUGUAGUUAUCAGCCAGCGAUGGAGGUGCUUUUCUCCCAUUUAGCUGUUAAUCAGGGAAACAACUGAGUGUUUCCCAAGUGCUUGUAGACUUCAAAUUGUCACAUUUUCCUACUCAUAUUUAUAUUUUAUGAAUAUUAUGAUUAUUUUACAAAAUCAAUAUUAAAAUAAGCAGAAACUUUGGGAGUAUACUGUGAAUAGGCGAGAAUAAAGCUUUAUCAAUUUUGAGGAAAGCAAAACCACAUCUCAGCUGUUACAAAAAUCAUUGGAUUCCAGCAAUAUGUGAAGAAAUUUCAUAUUUGGUCAGGGCUUUUUAACAACACUGUGCAAACACAGAAUUAAGAGAGCCCUGUAACAGAAUGAGAUAAUAUUGUUAAUGGAAUAAUGAAAUGUGCAGAUAAAUAUCUGGGUUUAUGCAAAGUAAAUGGAGAUUAGAUAUGGCUUUAAAGCAUGUACUACAGCCAGGUGUGUUUAUGAUAAGGAAAGUGAACAAUGAUGUGACCUAAGGAAAUUGCUGGUUUUGUUCAUGAAAAUUAGCAGAGCUUUGGAAGCUAUGAAAGAACUCCGCGAUUAGGUUAUUUCAACAGAAAGUGAAAAUCCACUGCAGGAAAUUGCUGGUUGAAAAGAAUCAUGUAAUUUGGUUGGACAUUUUAGCUGUUAGGCCAGAGGACUGUUUCAUAUACAGUAUGCCUGUUGUCAUUAGCCCAUUUAACAGGCCUUAUCCACCCAAUCAUCUGCUUCCCAUGCUGUGCCACAAAUUGCUUAUGGAACUCCUGAAUUAAAAAGCAGACUGCAUUGUGGAUAAUGUGUGAGAAGAACUCUGCUGUCAGGUCAUCACAGUAAAAUUCUUUGGGCCACCAUUUGCUAGUGGCUGGGUAUAGGUAGAUGCAUAUUGCCAAAUUUAGAUGAGGCUCAUUUUUCCUGUAGUCGCUGAUUGAGAACUUCAGCCCUCGAGUCAGGUGAUGCAUGUACCAAUCUUUCCACAUGGCAUCCUGUUUCAAUCUGCUUCCUUCCUGCCUCAGUGUCUUAGCCAUUUUUUACUAGAACGUAUUAGAACUGGCUUUCCUGUUGCUUGUUUUCUUCCCUUCCUGUAUCUUUUGGCUUUCUCACUUAACUGACUGACCCAGUGUGUCCAUUCCUGGCUGAAUAUUCUUUGUUAUGAUUCUGUCCCAGCCUUCUAUUUUAAUACUGCCCUUCCACUCCUGUUCCUAAUGCAAACUGGUUUGGCAAAUCUUACAUAAAGCCUGAAGAAUUGUCCUCUGGGACACUGACACCAGGAAAAGUGAAGAGAUCUCCUGGAUAAACAGAACUGUCUGCUUCCCUGAAUCAUGGCUGCUGAUUUUGGUGGUCAGAAUUGUCAUAAUAUUGCAGAUUUGUUUCUUGUCUUGAUGAUGACUAUCUGAAUUUUAUAGAGGAUUCCAGGGAAUUUUCAUGAAUGUGCUCCGAAUUCACAUGGAGUGCUGCUCAGGCCUCCACCCCUAAGCUAAAGUGCUGGUCUAGAACAAUGCCAGUCAACAUGGUGCCCUCCAGAUGUUUUGGGUUGCAACUUCCAUCAUCUCCAGCCAAUAUGGCCAACGGUCAGGGAUAAUGGGAGUUUUAGUUCAAAACAUUAUUGGGGACUGACAUCUCCACCACCUGGCUAGUAUGCAGAAGCGUUUUCUGCUGUGCGCCCAAGCACCAAAAGAAGCUGCUGCCCAGCCAGCCAGCCAGCCAAUUUGUGGGAAUAUCUUGUUGCUGUUUUAUUCUGGAUUAUUUCAUUUGAUUUUUUAAUAUGUUGUAAACCGCUUUGAGAUUUUCUUUAAAGGGGUAUAGAAAUGAAUAAUGAUAAUAAAUCCCACCACAUAAAAAAGUGACUAGACAGUUGUGGUGCCCAUAGCCUAGAUUUAAGGUGCCAUUUGGUGAUUAGCUUAUAUAACACUGGUUAUCUAACACUGGUUGUGAGCAAGCCAUCAUUUAGGAAAGGUUGACUACCAUUACUAUUUUUGUGUAUGUGGGAAACGCAACGAACCUUUGAAGAAUACUUAGUUUCCUUGGAACACAGCUUGAAAAUCUCUGCUCUGCUAAACAAGGCUUAAUUUUAUUCUACAAUCUUAACUAAUUGCUUAUGCUGCAAUAAAUGUAGUCUUUAAGGCGCAACAAAACUCUUUAUUGUUCCUUCUGCAACAGAUUAACAUGCCUAGCCCUCUGAAAAUCUUAACUGUUAACUUCUGUGUGUGUUUGUUAAAAAGAAGUUUAAGGGAAACACUUCUUUCAAGUGCUUAGGUUCCUUUUAAACUGCACUUGUCCAUUCCCAGGAAAGUAUUCCUUUAUUAAUAAUAAUGCCUGUUUAAAAUUUGAAAGCCGAAUCAAACUGUAUGUUGGAGAAUAGAGCAGAAAGUGGUGGGGAGCUUGUUUUUGCAUUUAUACUCGCUCUACCACUCUCCCUCAAACGUUAAGCAAUUUUAAAUGGACAAAAAAGGAAGCACACUGCUUUAGUAAUUCUUUCCCCAUUCUGAUAUUUCCUGAAAGAGAUACCGUCCCUUGGAUUUCAGAAACAUGCAUGCCUGAGGGAUUUUUUUCUUUCAUUACACAACUCGUCUUGAUUACUUCUGAUCAGACAAGGAAGCAUAUUAGGAAUACCAACUAUUGCUAAAGUAGGUGACUUAUUGGGGAGACCUUGUAACAGUCUUGCUUGAUCUUUUAUGCUUGCUAUUAUUGUUUCAUCUUUGACAAUUAAAUGAUAAUUAGUUUUACAUUUUAUCUUCCAGAAAUAAAUAAUCAGAAAUAAUCUGAUACAUUUAAUAAAAAGUAGAUGUGUGUUUUAUUUAAUGGUAUAAACAUGCACAGUAAAUGAUAAUUCGGAUACUGGAAUAAUAGUAUUUAAAAUUGUAUAGUUGUCUCUUUGCCAUUGUAGAAUAUUUUAUAUCUCUCCCACCUUCUAUGGGAUGAUUUGUUAGAAUGUGAAUAACUUAAGGCAAGUCAUUUAUCUGCUAUGGACCUGAUUUAUCACUGUUGGAAAAUUUUAUGCUUGGGGCAUUUAAGGGAGCAUCGUUUGCCACUUAGCAAACUAGUUCUUAUAUACUCAAGUAUGAUGGUACCUUUCCCAUAAUGCCGUUUUGAGUUUGAGUCAUCAGUUGCUGCCCCAUUAUGUUAGCAAAUGGCUUUGAAAAUAUCAUUUGUGCAACACUAGUUCAAAUGAAUAUAGUUCAAAUAUGUAAUCCAACCUUGAUCUGACUUCCUCAUGCAAAACAGUUGCAACACAUGAAGGGGACACUAGAAAAGGCAAUCAAGUUCACCCACAGUGGUUUACAGAAACCAAACCUAUGUUAGGUGACCUGAUAGUUUCAUGUGUUGCCAUAGGAAGGCUAUAGUUGCAGCUUUUGACCUAUGAAUGCCAGAGUACUCCCAAAAGAACUUGAGAAAUUCCAAAUACAGGUGUCACCCUACUUAAUGCAUAGUCAACUUGUGCGCGACUGCGUAUCUGCGUGGCACUGGGAAAUACAUACAUACAUAUGUACGUACGUACCAGGAAAUGGGGGGAAGUCCUCAGGGCUUGCAAGGAGACCCUCCCUGGAGCCAGAAGAGGAUGUCAUUGGGGGCACAGAAAGCCCCCCAAAGACCAGAGGCACAGCAAGGCUUUGUUUAGGCUACUCAGCCUCCCCACUUAACAGCUGAAACGGACGUAUUCCAGCCAGCCCCAGAGCUUAAAGUACAGAUAUUUCGGUCUGGAUUGAAGAGAGAGCUGGAGAACAGGAAAAAACGGGUGUUUAGAGGGUGUUCCCCCUUUUGUGAUUUUCACUUAUGCGCGCAGGGAUGUUUGUGUAGAUUCCUGCAGAACUUGGAUGUCUGUUUACAAUGUAAUAUUAUAGUUAACAUUUCCUUAUUGUCUUGAAUCAUGUGAUUAUGUUCUUUUGACACUGUAUUUUGAUCAGUAUGGCCUAGCUAGUGGUGUGCUGAGAGAUCCCAUGUAUCCAGGUCAUGCUUUGCUUACCUCCAAGUGAAUGUGCAAACUUUGGAUUACAACUACAUCCCUACUUGUGUAUUUAUCCUCACAGGUCUAUAAUCAAUUGAGGUGGGGCUGGGUACAUCCACAUUGUUUGUGUCCCUAUGCUCUGGUAUGGCCCUUCUCUGGUUCGCACCCAUCUGUCUCGAGAGACUUUGGAGUGCAUCUCCGAGGGUGAGGUCAAACUGCUGCUUUAGCAGCACCAAAUUGACCUCCCUGGGGAAGAAGCCUGGGUAGUGAGUAUGGAGGUCUUGGACUGCCCAGAUGGCAAGAUCCCCUGGCCCUUGCUGAUGUGAUCCAAAGGAAAGUUGAGCAAUACAUUUGGCACAGCUUGGCUGCAGGAGUUGUGGGAAGGAGGCAUACAAGAUGCCACCCAACUGCUUUAGGGACUGCACUCCAGAUUUGGGCGGGAUUUACUCCUUAGCAUUUUCUUCUACCAAAGAUAUCUCCCAAGGCAGCAGAGGUUUAGGAUCAGAGCUUUGCUUCUCCUAGAUGGGCUACCUUCCUUGGCUUCCGAGCUCUACCAACCCCUCACUUCCCUCUAUCUAGAGCUUGUGCAGAAGCUGCGUUCUUGACCAUCGGACCCACGGUUGGUCUUGUCCACUCAAUUUGCUAGAUCCUGUCUUUGCAUGCAGGUACGAUUCCCUCCCUAGUACUAUCCAUACAUUGGGGGCAUGUCUGCAGUGGGACAACUUGCCAAAUGUGUGUUGCCUGUCUCCAUGAGCCACAGCCCUGAGUGCUCAGGGUUAUAGCUUGUGGGGCUAGCCAGUGCGUAUUUGGCAAGCUGUUCUGCUGCUGCCAUGCCCCUAAUGUGUGGAUAGCAUUGGGGAGGGGGCAUAGCAGGGCACCACUCAUCCCUCAUGGGAGGCUGAACACCUGAAUAAGGCUUUACUCUAAAACAAUUCCACUGAUAUUAAAUCUCAUUGAAACAAAUGGGAUAUGCUUUCAAGAAGUAGGCUUAUGAUGGUGCAGUAAGAGUACAUGUCAGUUCAUACUGAAGGUAAACUGCAACAUCUGAACUGUGGAUUUUCUCAUUUCUCACUAAUGUUCUCAUUGUGGCCCUUAACAUGCAUGAUAGCAGGAAGAUUAAAGUAUAGGUAGUAGUUCUGCAUGCUUCAGCAGUAAUUGACUUUAAAAUGUGAAAGUCUUUUUGACUAAUUUUUGUAUUGUUUCACUAAUCAAUAUUUAAUAUGGUUUUCAUAGGAUAUUUAACAUGACACUGAUAUACUGGACAGGUAAUUUCCAUUAUUUUGAAAACCUAAUUUAAUAGGGUGAAUCCAGGUAACUGCCAGCAAUGAUCCCCUCUUGUGGCUGCAAUCCUAUACUCAUUUAUCUGGGAGUACAUCCCAUUGAACUCAAUGAGGUUUACUUCUCUGUAAACGUGUAUAGGAUUGUGCUGUGUAUCUCCAUGUAUCAUACUGUUUUGCUAAGGACUUGUUCAGUUAAUUCCAUUUCUUACAUUAAAUUUGUAGCAUUUUUGUGGUGAAAGGCCAAUUGAUCUUGACAGAAAUUACCUUUCCAACUUAAGUGAUUUGCUACCAAAGCUUAAAGGAUAAUAUCCUCCCCCCCCCUUUAAGGUUCAGUAAUCUCUCUUUAAAAGCUAAAGGCUGUUUGGUCUUUUGGAUAGUUUUACAGUACAAUGCUAUAUAUAUCUUCUUGGAAGUAAGCCCCAUUGAGUUCAUUGAGGAUUACUUUCAGGUAUGUUAGCAUUGGAUUGCAGCCUUAAAGUACACUUAGAGCUGCUGCACAUGAUUUUUUUCCCCCCUAUGAGGGCUUCAUGAUUUGUGUGUUAAUAAUGAUAAAUAUACAUGCACUCUGUUGUCACAUACAGUGGUGUACAUGUUUAUUGCACACAACAGUGGUUGGUGUAGGAGAAAUAUCAUGUGUCAGUGGGCCCUUGGAUCCUGCUUGUUAAUUUCUCAUUUUCCCCGUCUUCUCUCUCUGUGUGUGUUUGCUUGCUGCCUCCUCAGCUUUAGGUAUAACUUCUUGCAAGAUCUGGAGGAGGGCUUGCAUUUAAGCAUGUCUUUUUCCUGAACAAUGCAUGAAUUUUGCAGUUAUUCUGGUGCAUGAAGAUGUGCAAAAUAUCAAUAGCAUAAUGAAAUGCAGAAUGAUGAUGUCCAACUGACUAAGCUGUUAACAUUUAUGAGCAAAUAACUUCUCUAGUUCUAAAAUUGUAUCCCCCCCCCAAGGUUUUGACAGUGCUUUAUUAUGUUUGUCCUUCUCUUCCAGUUUUUGAAGGUUUUUAGUUUUGCACUGGAAACCGCAUUGGGCAGAGCCUGACUUUUUCUGUGUUUUGUUUAGCACCUUGUAGAUGUAGGUGAAUGAUUUAGAAUAAAUAUGAAUAAAUAUUAAAAUGAUUUCUUCCUACUCUCCAAAUUUGGUUUGUAUCACUUUAAUUGUGGCUCUUCCUUUCUUGUUGUAAAUGAUCAAAAAGGGCCUGUAUCUAAACAGCCAGUUGUUUUCCUGAUGAUGCGAAAAAUGGCUUAAAUAAAGUGUUCAUUUUGCAGAACGUUUUGACCAUGAUUAAAAGGGAAGGUUAAAAUUGCACCAUCAGAUUAAAAUACAUUAUCUAUGUUCAGCAGUUCUAUGAGUGUAGUAGAUCUUUUAGGUUUAUAUGCCAUUUCCAGAGCUAGCACAAAGAUGAGGAAAAUCUAAGUCCCUUUGAGUUUAAGAAUUUUAAUAAUGACUAGUGGAGGGAAAUUAUCACUAAAAGGUUGCCCUUAUGGAGAUAUCUUCCAAACCGCUGAUACCAUUUCUGUUGGUUGCUAGUCACAAGAAAUGUACAGUACAUGUGAAAAGGGUGUUUAGCUUGUAGGAAAGGCUGUUUCAGAGGAAUGCUCCUUGCUCAUAUCCAUGUACCAAAACAUACAGUAUCCUCAGCCUUAUUUAGUAAGUCUAAUUAAACAGAGUCACGUAGUAUUUUUCUGUGUUAAUUUCAAGUAUUAUUUACACUACAUUGCAUUGCAAUUUGCAAAACAUGCAUUUGUUUUUGGCUGUAGAUUUCAUAACCUAGAUUUUUAAAACCCCAACAGUCUUCUAGUUGUUAGACGUACAACAGUUCUCAUUCCUAAUUUGAGAGUUGGUGUACAUACAGUAUUGUCAAAUCUCCCUACAUCAGGGAUUUCCACACAGUUGUUUUAAAUGCUGCUCAAGCUUCUUUAUUGCUUUCUUCUUUUUUCUGCAAGUUCCUGGGUCUCUUUCCUGGACUGUCAGACUGUCAUUAUUGUUUCAGAAUUCUGUUUCGGGUGGGGGAAUGAAUAUUGCCUUCUGAGUUGAGUUGGAUUCAAAGUAACAAUUAGCCUAUGUUCUGUUAUUGAAGCUAAAAACUCACAUACAAAUAGAAUUAUAAUUAUGAACAGUAUUAUUUGUCUUUAGAUUAUUGACACAUGAAUAAGACACCAUUUUAGAAGAGGCAUUCUUUCCCAUGAGAGGAGGAAUAGCUCCGUUAAGGUGUUGUCUGCUUCCCAGGGUUAUGUAAACUCUUGUACUAGAACAGAUUCUGCUGUCAGAUGAAUAGUGGCCAUCUUCUUAACUGAAAGGUUUUUAAUUGACGAAAUGCUUCAGCUCUUCUUAAAAUGGAAUUUGAGGAGGGGAGAAAAUGGGAAAUGUUUCUUGCUUAAUAAAUGCAUAUUAAUUUUCAAAAGAUUUGGAUACAGUGUAGUUUCUUGGACACUCUUCCCUAAAUGAAGCACAACUUGAUUUUCUUAUGGGAGCAGUAUGGUUCAUGCAUGGGCAAGAAUGGUUGAAGGGUACUGUCAGGUAAUUUAAACACAGUUCAGAUGACUUUUGAAAUGCAUAGUGAUGAUUUUCAAAUACAGUCAUACCUCGGUUUAAGUAUGCCUCGGUUUGAGUAUUUUCAGUUUAAGUACUCUGCGGACCUGGCUGGAACGGAUUAAUCCACUUUCUAUUAAUUUCAAUGGGAAAGUUUGCUUCAGGUUAAGUACGCUUCAGGUUAAGUAUUUCACAGACUGUCUGGAACGGAUUAAUCCACUUUCCAUUACUUUCAAUGGGAAAGUUUGCUUCAGGUUAGGUACACUUCAGGUUAAGUACAGACUUCCGGAACCAAUUGUGUUUGUAAACCGAGGUACCACUGUAGAGCAAAAUGUUUAAAAAGAUACAUUUGCAUUUGCAAAUCUGUUUUAAUAUUCUUAGUAGCAUUAAAUGUUAAAUGAAUUAACUUCUAAAGGAAUUUAAUUUGAUUAUAGCACAAUCUUUGUGUAAGGUGUUUUAUGAAAGAACAAGUUCAGAACAAGUUAGUAAACCGCUGCAAAAUUUUACCAAAUAUUCUACUAAAUAUUACCUGACACCACCCUUCAAACAUCAUCUUCCUUUACUUACAGCUGGGUUUGUGACUUUGCAUGCAUUUCAUUGAACUGCAGUAGGUGUUUGAUUGUUUGCUGGCAGCAUUUUGGAAUUCUCACUGGGUUUGCAUUUUGAAGGCAUUUAGUAGGCCCCUAGCCUAGAGGAUGAUUUUUUUUAUUUAUACAGUGGCUUUUUAGCUAACAAUUAAUGGCAGAGAAUGUGGUCGCAAUUCUCCUGUUUUCAUAUAUCUGCAGCAUUAUUUUUUUAAACAGAAUCAGAAUUAAGUAAUCUUAACUAAAGGCAGCUCUUUUUCCUCAGAUAAAAACAAAAUACCCCUUCUCUAAAAAUGAUUUAAGAAUUUUGCAGGCCUAAAUGUUUCCAUUACAAUUAUUUCUUCUAAGACUAACUCAUUAUAUAAGGCAAAUUCUAAUACUUAACACUUGAUUUUAGUUUAUCUUAGGAACUUCUGGGAAGUAAUUUUUUUGAAGUAAUGCCCACAGAAAGUGGAAGUUGUGCCACUGCUCGCCAAGCCAAGCAGAAACGCAAAUCUCACAGUCUUUCUAUACGAAGAACGAACAGUUCUGAACAGGAGCGGUCAGGAUUGCAGAGAGAAAUGUUGGAAGGCCAGGAUUCUAAACUGCCAUCAUCUGUAAGAAAUACACUCCUGGAACUUUUUGGCCAAAUAGAAAGAGAGUUUGAAAACCUCUACAUUGAAAAUCUCGAAUUACGUAGAGAGAUUGAUACACUUAAUGAACGCUUAGCAGCUGAAGGCCAAACCAUUGAUGGAGCUGAACUGAGCAAGGGACAGCUGAAAACAAAAGCCAGUCAUAGUACCAGUCAGCUGUCUCAGAAGUUAAAGACUACUUACAAGGCAUCUACUAGUAAGAUUGUAUCUAGUUUCAAAACUACGACAUCUAGAGCCAUUUGCCAGCUGGUGAAGGAGUAUAUUGGUCAUCGGGAUGGGAUUUGGGAUGUCAGUGUCACGAAAACUCAGCCAUUGGUGCUGGGGACAGCAUCUGCUGAUCACACUGCUUUGCUUUGGAGCAUAGAAACAGGGAAGUGCCUUGUGAAAUAUGGUGGGCAUGCUGGAUCAGUAAAUUCCAUAAAGUUUCAUCCGACGGAACAAGUGGCUCUUACAGCUUCAGGAGAUCAGACAGCUCAUAUCUGGAGGUAUAUGGUGCAGUUGCCCACACCACAGCCUACCGCAGACUGUAAUCAAAUGUCUGGAGAAGAUGAAGUUGAGUUCUCUGAUAAAGAUGAACCUGAAGGAGAUGGAGAUGGUUCUAGUGAUUGUCCCACCAUCCGGGCUCCUUCAACUUUCCUAAAAAGCCACCAAGGUGUAGUCAUAGCAGCUGAUUGGCUAGUUGGAGGGAAGCAAGCUGUGACAGCUUCAUGGGAUAGAACAGCAAACCUGUAUGAUGUGGAGACAUCUGAACUUGUGCACUCUCUGACAGGACAUGACCAAGAACUUACACAUUGUUGCACGCAUCCCACCCAGCGUCUUGUGGUGACCUCAUCACGAGACACGACUUUCCGUCUGUGGGAUUUCAGAGACCCUUCUAUCCAUUCUGUGAAUGUCUUUCAGGGCCAUACAGACACUGUGACUUCAGCUGUCUUCACUGUGGGAGACAAUGUUGUUUCGGGGAGUGAUGACCGUACUGUGAAAGUCUGGGACUUGAAAAAUAUGAGGUCGCCUAUUGCCACUAUUCGCACAGAUUCUGCAGUAAACAGGAUUAAUGUUUGUGUCGGCCAAAGAAUCAUUGCCCUUCCACACGACAACCGGCAGGUUAGAUUAUUUGACAUGUCUGGAGUGCGAUUAGCACGGCUCCCUCGCAGCAACAGACAGGGGCACAGAAGAAUGGUUUGCUGUUCAGCAUGGAGUGAAGACCACCCGAUCUGCAAUCUGUUCACUUGUGGAUUUGAUCGGCAGGCUAUUGGGUGGAACAUCAAUAUUCCUGCCUUGCUUCAGGAAAAAUGAGAUGCUGAAAGAAUUCUUCCCUGGACCCCUCAGUUUUGUUGCCAUAGACUUUUUUUGUGCAGACUUUCCUGUAAGUUGGUCUGCUGUUAACAUAAAAGGUGCACCUUGAAAGGGAGUGUGUUGCAAAUGUUGUUAUCACAUUGUGCACAGUUUGCAUGAAAAUGUACAGAAAAACAUGUGACCUUUUCAAAGAAGCUAGAUUCUUGCAUAUGGACUUUUAUAACUUGGCAUCCACUGGUGAGAAGAAGGAUAUUUGGCUUUCCUAUGGAGCAUAUAAGUGUUCAUAAGUUAUUCAGCCUAGACGAAGAGUAGGGCAUUACGUUUGACUUAAAUGUGAAUUCUGUGUACUUAUUGUGAAGAAUAUAUAGUCUGCCUUUCCCUCAUCAUUUUACAUAUCUGCCUUGUGAUUAAGGAGCGUAUUGGGCUAAACUUAGGAUGAAGGGUGAAUUUCAGAAGUAUGGUGGAGAUUUCCCCUCCCAUCUAUAUUUAAGCACUCCUGCUGAUUUGAGUACCCCAGUGUAGUAUUUGAGUCUGAUUUGAGCACUCCAAUGUAUUUAUUUAUUGGAGUAUUUAUUUCAAUUCCCAAUUUAAGGGGGGAAAUACAGGUUUUUUUUUAAAAAAAGCUUUGGUCAUAGAAUGUUGGUUUGCCAUGUUGAGUAUAUUCCUAUACAUUUCAAGUACUAACUGGUUCACCCUUACCCUGUUGGCUGGAGCCACCAUUCUGUGUUUUGGUAUUUUACAUAACUGCAAACUACAAAAUAUUAUAAUCACGGCAAUCUGAGCAAGUUUUUAAGCACUUUAGUUUAUAGCAGCUGUUAUAAACCACAAGCGGCAGAUGAAAUUUCCUGGAGAAUGUGAGACCUAUAUCUAAGAAGGAUUUACAUUGCUACAUUUUGUGAAGAUUUUUUUAUUAUAAAAAUACAGAGAAUAAAUCUUGAGGGUCUUAUUUGGUUUUUUUUUUAAAAAAAGAAUGCACCUGUGUUGAACAUAUUUCAAAACGGGACCUCUCCCAUCAACGUUCUGUUUUUGGGCCAACAACACUAUGGCAGAGAUCCAAAAGAUCAGACUAGUUAUGCAUGCCAAUAAACGUGGCAAGCCACUUUUGAAAUUAAGUGGCCUGUCAGAAGCAGAUGUAAUAUGGCAUGGUGCUUGGGAGCGGGUCUGCUGUUCAAAGACAAAAGUAAGGAAGCUCGUUGGACAUGCACCAACCCUUGGUCAUGCUAACAUUGUUCUUUGGAUCCUGGCCAUUGCAACUAAGUGUGCUACCUCAAAAAUGAAUGUGGGGCUACUAUGAAUCUUGCUGUUUAACCUUGAUAACACACUUUGGGUCUCAUUCCAAUGUGCUGUCAUAAAGAGUGGAAGACAAUCAUACCAAAAUUUAAAGGUUGUACUUUGUCAAGACAUAACUUGUUAACUUGGAAUGAAGGUCCUUUUGUUGUUUCACACCAUUCGACAGGCGGUCCUUAGAUGGGCUUUGCUCUUCCUAAGUUGUGUUGUCAGCUUGAUGUGUGCGAUUAAUAUUCCCAGGCACUUCUGGUAGCCAACUGUCUUGAAGAAGGAUAAUGAAACCGUACAUUAGGACUCCUUCAUAGAUGUUGUAUAUGCAGCUGAGGGCAGGCAGUGCUUCUCUAAACUGUCUGUCCAUAUCUCAGGGUUGGAGCCAAAAUAAUCAAAGUGGUAAUGUAGGUUGCUUAUGAAAGGUUUUAAAUUAAUUCCCCUACAUUACUUUGAGUUACACUUCCUUGAUCAGUUUUCCUCUUCCUCCUUCAGUUAUUGUGUUCCAUAGCACUGUCCAAUAGGAAUUUGAGAAGCUGACUCUAGGGGAGAGAGUGGAGGCACUAUUUAUGAGAGUGCUGAAAUCAUAGCAAGCUAAGGCAUAACGUUAUAGCAUGUCAUAUAGGAGUUAAAGUAGUUUAUGGAGAAGAGAAUUAAUGCAAGAAGCAUAUAAUAAGUGAAUAGCUUGAUCUGUUUGGGGCAAAAGGAUCUGUGAUCCCAAAGCUUAAGUGGCUAUGUAGCACUAAAGCCUGGAAUGAGUAAAUGACUGAGGGUUGUGAUUAUAUUAUCAAAUGUAAUAGUGAUAAGUAAAUGAUGACUUGGAAUUUGAUUUAAAAUCCAUAAGAGAUACUGCUUUUCGCUUCCCUAAUCCAGGUCAUCCUCUACCCAUACUCGACGGCAAAACUCAAAUGAGUUGUGGGUGGCUUUAUUGCAUGUUUUAUUAUAUCGUUUUGCAGCAUGUGCUUCUAUUUGGGUCUUGUCACAGAGUGACUGGAUGGGGAAACAGUGUAGAGAGGAGCAAUCUUGCCACAUCACUCCUUUAUUUAUCAUUGUUAAAAGACAAUGUUUUGCCUACAUGCUCCCUAGCUAAUGGGUGUUGCAGGCAUUUCAGUUGAAUGCAACAAACUCCUUUAGAAUGUCUAGACCUGACUUAGGGUAGAGCUUGGGUUCCCUGUGGUCUCAUUGACUUGGGAAUCACCCAUUGAGUGGCUUGGGCUCAUAGCUUUCCACCUUCAGUGAGAGAUGAUGGGUGCCAGUUGCAUGGACAGUUCAUACGAAUGGAGUCUUUACAUUUUUAAAAUACAUAUGAAAUAACAACAGUGGAGCGUGAAAUUAAUGCCCACUGUCACUGAGCUUUAUAUAUCACCAAAGGACCAACCUCCUGUAGCAGAGAUAUCUACUUGCUUGUUCCCACUCAGCCACAUGUCUUGGCUUCAUUGAAAGGAGCAAGUUAGUUAAGUGUUGUGUUGAGGCAACAGGUGCCUGUCCCAACAGUAGAUGAAUGGUAGCAGUGAAAACAGUUACACAUUUCACAUUUUCUGGUCUUCACAUGAUAAUGAACAGGUGUUCUAAUAACUGCUGUGAGUAUUGAUUUAAUUAUGUCUUGCAUUUCACAUAGAAGGAAAGUGACUGUUACAUAUUUUCAGUAUUGAAACUUAGUUUUGCAUAAGAUCGCUGUAUCACUGGGCAAAUCACAAAGAUCUGCGUCUGUCUGUCUUUCUCUGUGUAUAUGUGGUCUUCAAACAGUGCACAUCAUUUUUUUAAAAAAUGAAAACAUCUGUACCUAUUUCAGAAAUCAGAAGAAUCUUAUUUUGAUGCCUAAGUCUUUGAAAACCAACUUCCGCAGAGGAAGAAAAUCCUGUACUCGUAUGUCAGUGUAGAACCACUUGUUUUUUUUGUUUACUGAUAUUCUGGUGAUUUGAUUGUGUUUUUUUAGAUGUUCAAUGUGUGUCUUUGUUGCAAUUUCAAAAUGCCAUUAAAUCAUUCAGCAUUGUU